ACAAGAAACCAGGGCUUCCGACGAAAGACAAGAAACCAGGGCUUCCGACUAAAUACAAUAAUCUGGCGGUUCCAAAAGAAGAAGAAGCCUGAGAUUCCGAGAAGGAAGAAGAAACCAGAUGAUCCCAGUAAGCCAGUUCCAUUAAACCUGAACAACGAGGUGGUGAGGAUGAGGAAGGAGGUGAAGAGGGUGAGGGCGCUGGUCAUCAGGAAGCUGACCAGGCAGAUAGCAGGUCUGAGGAAGAAGAAGGGGAAGGAGGAAGAUCUGGAGAGGAACCGGAGGAGGGUAGGUAGACUGCUGGAGGAAAUCCAUGAGAUGAAGACACUCAAACCUGAUCCGGUGGGUGCUUCUUCCCCAAUUACAUCUGACGUACAUUAUUUUUACUUCCUUAUUUGGAAUACUGCAUGCUCAUGUUUAGUGCGUGAAUUAAUUUAAUUCCCACACCUUUGUAUAUGUGCUGAUACACAUUGCUGGUGGAAGGAGUGAAUUCCUUUUAUACAAUGUAUUGUAACAUUUCUUUGUUUUUUUUACUUUGAGUAAAAGUAUCCUGAUAAGUAUUAAUGUAUCAGGAAAGUACAAACUCUUUAGUGAAGUGUACUUCACCAAUUACAUAUCAGAUACAUUAUUUUGUACUUGGAAGUUGGAAUACCGCAGCACAUACUCAUGUAUUCAUGUCAGGCCAAAACUAUAUAUGAAUCACAACAUAGUCCCAAAACCAGAUAUCGUAAUUAUGGUUGUUUGUUAUUUCUAGGUGACCAAGGCUGCCCUCCAGAAGAACCUGAGUUUUGAGUUUGUCUGUAGGAAUCUGAAGGCCACCAUCUCUGACCGAGCUAUAACCCGUAUCGCCAAUCACCCCCAGUUCAGCAAGAAGAUAGACACCAUCAAAGCUGCCAUCAAAGCCUUCAAGGACGAAAGGAUGACAGUAGAGAAAGGAGACAAGGGAACGGUUAAAAAACAGCCACUAAAGGUGGUAGAGGUGAUCGAGCAGUCGAAGGACAGUGACGGAGGAGGGGUGGAAGAAGGUGAAGAGGAGGAAGGGGGGAAGGGAGGGGUGGUGGUAAAUGAAGAAGAGAUGGAUGAGGAGGAAGAUGGAACACCCGCGGAGAGCCAGAGUCUAAUGGUUGAUGAACCAGCUGUUAUAGAAAAGCAACCUGUUGAUAAGACUGUUAGGGUUAAAGAAGAAGAAACGUCGCCAAUAGAGAAUAAAGAGUCCCCCAUAGAGAGUACAGUAUCUGACCCUCCGCCCAAGGAGAUGACAGAGGCUGAUAAGACUCUGAUAGACUCAUCCACUCCCUUCACAAUAGAGGCCCCACAGAUAGUACCUACACAGAACAUAGUAACACAGAACAUAGCAACCAUGAAAAACACACCACAGAAGCAAGUAACCCAGAAACUCACAAAGGACACUCCAGCCACUCAGAAGACUCAUGACCCCAAACCCCAGAGAGACUGUAAAGCUCAAAAUAAGGAUGUUAAAAACAAGGAGGGGGACAAAGAAGGAGAAGAGGAGGAUGAGGAGGAAGAGGAGAGCGGCUUGGAGUCUUCGGACGACGAGGAGAAGUAUUUUGACGACAGCACGGAGGAGCGUUUCCGUAAACAGUCCUCCCAGUCGGAAGAGAGCGACAAUGACGACUUCUUCCUGGGGAAAGUCACCAAGUUCAAGAAGAAGAAGAGUGACGCGGCUACGGUGCCACCAGGAGGAGGGGAGGGGAAGAGCAGCGCGCUGGGGAAAAACCCACUGCUGGAACCAUUGGCGAGCUUAGAACCACACCAGACGGAACUGGAUAAACUGGAGGCCAGGCUGAACUCCAAGGGGAGGUCUGUCUACUGCUCCACUCUGUCUGGUUCCAGAGGUGGGAGAGACGGAGACAGGGGUGGAGGUAGAGGUGGAGGCAGGGGUAUGGGCCGAGGAGGGGGUAGAGGAAGGGACUUCCAGAACUGGGGCAGAGGGGGACAUGAUGGCCCGUCUCGGGGUCCUGGGACACAUGACGGGGGUUCUUGCAGAGGAAGAGGCCGGGGAAGGGGAGACUUUGGCAGGCAACAGGAACGCAGCGGGAUCUCCACUAACCCUUCAUCUCAGCCACCACAGCAGGCUCUGCACCCGUCAUGGGAGGCCAGUAAGAAGAGGAAGGAGCAGCAGACUCUGAUACUGGCCUUCCAGGGAAAGAAGAUCAAGUUUGAUGAUGAUUGA